AUGAGCGUUGACGUCGCUGAUAUUCGUGCAGCCUUUGCAUCUUGCAACUUAGACAUCGAAGAAGAUGCAGCGAUUACGUGUGUAUCUAUUUGUACGGAGUUUGGCUUGAGUUCUGAAGACAUGGCAGCGCAAUGGGACGCCUAUUCCAUGAACCAACAGCUUUCUGGUGCAGCCAAUACCGACAGCCUCAAGCAUCGCCACUUCAAGACGCCCGUGGUCAAGCGCGAGGCAGUGAAUCAGGACAAACUCGAGUCGCUCUAUAACAUGAAGUCGCCCGAGGGAAAGCACGCACGCUCCUUCUCCAGCCCUGCGGGAAGCAAUAAGGUUCAGCGAACAAAUGGAAUGUUUUCUCCUUCAUCAUUGCAAUCUCCGCCUGGAAAUGCUUACGAGAACCGCACGGACGUUGGCAAGACCGUGUCCGAGUUUAACUCGCACUUAAAAAAGCAGAUCGAAGGACUAGGAACCAACAAGGGAUGUCCUGUUCAAGUUCUGACCGCCUUCCCGUCGCGCAACCAGUCACCCGGUGAAUUGUACAUGUACACGCCGUUGUUUCAGCGGGCCCUUGCUUUAGAUGAACAAUUGGCAGAGUACGAGGAGCUGGUAAAGAACAACUUCAAGCUUGACGAGCUCAAACCGGUUGGCGACCCUUCGCCGGCACAAGUAACUAUCGUGGGUAGAAUCGUGUGUGAGGCAGCUGAAGGUAAGCUGAACCCGAGCGUCGUCCAGAUUGAAGGGUCCAGGAAGACUUGCGGUGGUCAACGCGUACUCUUAGACUUGAGCGGAGUCCCCAACUUUCAGAUUUUCCCUGGCAAGAUUGUUGCGCUGGAAGGCGUUUUUCCCGAUACACGAUCCCCAAUGACAGUCAAGAGAUUCCUCGAGCCAAUUCCUGCACCUCUUUCUACAACUUCCACCGCACGUAUUAAAGAGAUCCAAAGUGAGCACGGGAUGCCAGUCCGAGUGCUUAUUGCCUGUGGUCCUUUUACGACUUCUAGUAAUGUGGACUACUUGCCGCUGAACGAUCUACUUCAAAUCGUCCUUGACCAAACGGUAGACGUACUCAUUCUUGUUGGUCCAUUUAUAGACUCUAUGCACCCAAUGUUCCAAGACGGUUUGGUCAAGUACGAUGGCAUGAUGCUUAGCUUUGAAGAUACAUUUGUGUUUAAAGUAAUGACGCUGCUGAACAACGUGCUUGCACGCGACGAACGGAUUCAGAUUGUCAUCGUUCCAUCCCUGAGAGAUGCCAAUCACCUAUACGUGUACCCCCAGCAUCCAUUAAACAAAAAGAAAGCAUGCGAAGCAUUUAAGGAUCCUGAAUAUGCAAAGCGCGUCCAUUUCAUGUCUAACCCAAGCACAUUCUCGAUUAAUGAGAUUGUGUUUGGAAUAUCUACGUUGGACGUCGUUGUGCAACUGAGUUCAAACGAGCUGUACAGAGCUCAAACUCGUGACCCAAACCGAUUGCUUCGGCUGUGUGAACAGGUCAUUGACCAGCGAAGCUACUACCCAAUAUUUCCUCCGCCACCGGGCAGUGAAGCACCCAUUGACUUGCGGUAUAUGAAGCAAUAUCAGUUUGAACAAACACCGGACGUUCUGUUGCUCCCGUCAAUUCUUAAUCGUUUUUGUGGGCGAGCGAAAGACUCGAUUUGCAUUAACCCCGGUCAGUUAUGCAAGGGCGAAUCAGGUGGUACCUUUGCGGAUAUUACCAUCCUCCCGUUGUCGACCGACAAGAUCAAGAGUGCAGUGAGUGACAAGUGUAUCCAUUUCGUACCAGAUCGAACGAUAGUCGAGAUCAAGCGCAUCUAG